UUUUUUUUUUUUUUUUUGCACGUUUGGUUUAUCUUAUCUUACGAUUCUUACAUACCUGCCUACUUUGUUUGUUCGGUGUGAUUAUCGAGCUUGAUCUUGAGAUCAGCUGGUUGGCGACAAAUCGACGGAGUGUGACGAGAGCAGAACCGCAAAUAUGUCGAAGAUCGCAGGGGAUGGAGUCGCAUUAUUUUGGACCUCGAUUUUGUUGCUGGCGUUGUGCUGGAUUACUUUUUCCAUGCGUGCGGGUGUGAGGUUGUGGAGGAAAAUUUGGGGAUUGGAUGAUAUUGUUAUGUCGAUUGGUUUGUUGCUAUUUACUGUCACGAGUAGUCUGUGUAUUGUGUGCAGUUUCUAUGGAAGUGGCCAGAAGGCUAAAUACUUGAGUGCGCAUGAUAUUGCGAGGGGGACCAAGCUCUUCUUCAUUGCUGAAUUCUUCUACGCUACUGGUGCUGUAGCUAUCAAAUGCAGUAUUGCUGUAACUCUCCUCCGUAUCGCUGAUACCCGUCGUCGCUAUGUUUAUACCGUCUGGGGUAUUAUGAUCAUGACCGCUAUCUCUGCCCUUAUUUUCAUGAUAGGCAUUGCGAAUAUAUGUCAUCCGAUUAAUACGCUAUGGGGAGAAUCAAAUGGCGUGUGUAAUUUGCAACUGAACAGUGAUGUUAGUUUGUUCUUUUCGGCCGUGGAAAUCGCAACGGAUUGGGCAUUAGCGAUUCUGCCGGCGGUAUUGUUGAGGAAUAUUCAGAUGAAGAGUAGAGUCAAGGUGUCGGUGGCUUGUAUUUUGGGAUUGGCUGCUUUUGCAAGCUGUGCAACAAUCGUUCGACUUCGCUACCUAUCACUCUACAGUGAUUCCUCCGAAUUCAUGUUCGGUACCGGUCGCAUAGGACUCUGGUCCGUCAUCGAAGAAGCAAUGGGAAUCUUCGCCGGAUCUCUCCCUGCCCUUCGUCCUCUCUUAUCCCUUCCCUUCCUCAAUCUCAGUACUACCGGAAAUUCCAACAAUCCCACAUCAGGAAAGAAUGGAAAUGUACCGCGCACUCAACACGGAACAGGGAAGAGAUCGGAUAUCAAUCUGGAUACAUUCGUUCAACUAGGGGAUUCGGAUAUUGAAAAAGAUGAUGGGGAAAGUCAGAAACAUAUUUUGAAAGAGACAAAGGUUACUGUGACGAGCGCUAAUAGGCAUUCUGCGCCAGGAGAAUGGGAACAGAGUCAGAUUUUGGGGUGGAAAGGAAAUAGGAAUUCGCAGAGAAAUAUUCAAUAGGGACUACGCUAUACCGAUCCGUUGUUUUCGAAUGACGUAAAUUCUCGGCUCGGAGUCAAACGAUGAAGGGGCUUCAAAAAGGAGGAAAAAUAUACACAGAAAAGUAUACGAAAAUUUUGUACGAUAUAUGGAUAUGAUACCAGGGUGAGAUAUGGCUGUUCUACUUACGAUGUUGAGUAUGAACACGUAUCAAGAAUUACCCCCGCCGGCGUCACAUCUUGGGGUUUUUAGAACAUCUUGAGGAAUUGGAUCUACACAGAACAGAAGGGCUGGAUACCAGGAACACGUUCGGUUGGCCAUUUAAUUUGGUUGAGAGCGUCGAAUAUUGAUAGAUCGAAAUUGUGUUUUGCCUAUAUAUAUAACGGGUUUAAGUUCUGAUACCAUUGAGAUUAUGAUUAUAAUGAAGUUUAAUUUAAAACAAAGGAUCUUCUUGUUGAUUGUAGGAUGUAGUUGAUCAAUCAAUGUCU